GGUGCGCCUAAUAGUCCCGUGCACCUUAUAGUCCGGGAAAUACGGAGACAGCUUUAAAGAACGGCACUAUAGUAACACGCACGUACAGAAGCGUUCAGUGUGUGUGUCCUCUCACUAGUCUCACUAUCGCAAGACGAGGGCAGCGCUAAAUGGAUGAUGGUUCAACAAGCGUGCGCCCCCGACCUCUCCCACUGACUGUUGGACGCACGUGUGAGUGACGCAGAGAAGUCUACUUAAAGCGGAAUUAACGCCGAGUGCAACAACCCCCCGCGCUCACUCAAAUUCAGUGGGCUCCUAACAAGCUAAGCCCGACGACGCCUGCGUGGAGCAGCCGUUGUGGGGAAGUCGCGUCCACAGCACUCCCACGCACGCCGUGGUUGGAGCAUGCUGUACCUCAUGGAUACUUUUUUGCGCUCAUAGAUUUGACUUUUUUAUAUAUUUUCACAAUCUGCGUCUGAGUUAGAUUUGAUCCGAAUGAACAGUCAUGGGAGAGUGGACCAUAUUGGAACGUCUCUUGGAGGCGGCAGUCCAGCAGCACUCGACUAUGAUCGGAAGGAUCCUGCUGACAGUGGUGGUGAUUUUUCGUAUUCUGAUCGUGGCAAUAGUUGGAGAGACAGUGUACAACGAUGAGCAGUCCAUGUUUGUAUGUAACACCUUGCAGCCAGGCUGUAACCAGGCUUGUUACGACAAAGCUUUCCCCAUCUCUCACAUCAGGUACUGGGUGUUCCAGAUCAUUAUGGUCUGCUGCCCCAGCCUUUGCUUUAUUACCUACUCUGUCCACCAGUCCGCCAAGCAGAAGGAGCGACGCUACUCCACAGUGUACCUUUCCCUGGACAAGGAGCAAGACUCUAUGAAAAGAGACGACAGCAAGAAGAUCAAGAACACUAUUGUUAACGGGGGGCUACAGAACACAGAGAACACCAACAAGGAGGCGGAGCCUGAUUGUCUUGAAGUCAAGGACAUUCCCAAUUCAGUCGUGCGAACUACUAAGUCCAAAAUGAGAAGACAAGAAGGCAUAUCCAGGUUCUACAUCAUCCAGGUGGUGUUCCGAAAUGCACUUGAGAUAGGAUUUCUCGUGGGUCAAUAUUUCCUUUAUGGAUUCAAUGUGCCCGCUGUGUAUGAAUGCGAUCGAUACCCUUGCAUAAAAGAUGUCGAGUGUUAUGUUUCCAGGCCAACAGAGAAGACAGUGUUUUUAGUCUUCAUGUUUGCAGUCAGUGGCAUUUGUGUGGUGCUCAAUUUAGCGGAGCUAAACCAUCUAGGGUGGAGGAAGAUCAAAGCUGCUGUCAGAGGAGUGAGAGCCAGGAGGAAGUCUAUUUAUGAAAUCCGCAACAAAGACUUGCCAAGGAUGAGUAUGCCCAACUUUGGACGCACCCAGUCUAGUGACUCUGCAUAUGUAUAAAUAUUUGUAACAGAAAAAGCUGCAGGACAGCUGUGUAGUAACUACAGUACCGUAUUUUCUGGACUAUAAGCCGCACCGGACUAUAAGGCGCACCUUCAAUAAAUGGCCUGUUUUAAAACUGUCCUUAUAUAAGGGGCAUCGGACUAUGAGGCGCACCAUUAAUGCAUCAUGUCAGAUUUUUAAUCCAAAUCAAAUCAUUCUCCAUUUUAUCUUUUUUAUUUCAACUUCAGAUGCAACAAUUGACUCUAUAAUCACAAAAUAUUUAUCCAUAGUCUUUUUGAUUCAUGAUUCAUAAUCUUCAGCGGGCCACUUAUGAUUGAUUUCAUGACACAAUGCUUCGGGCCAGUUUAAAUUUAGGAAUUUGGUCCAUAUAUAAGGCGCACCGGACUAUAAGGCGCACUGUCGGCUUUUGAGAAAACCUUAGGUUUUUAGAUGCGCCUUAUAGUCCGGAAAAUACGGUAACUUAAAUAUGAAAUUAUAAAAAUGUUCUUUGAGAAGAUAAAUCGUGGUAUUACUACCAUGGGAGCAUGUUUCAUGCAAAUUCUAAGGACUUUUGUGUUGGACUGGACUCUCUCAUUAGAUGGCUGACAUGUCAUCAAUAUUUGUUUUCAUUUGAUGUACACUUAUGGGGAAGUUUGUCUCUGGGAAAGAGAUGGACAUGAAUGGCUGGACUGUUUGGUUAUAAACCACUGCAGAUGCUGGUUUUAUAUUUGUUAA